AGUAUUGUGAAAACUAUCCAACCUACGAGAAAUGCAAAGCUUGGCUAGAAAAAAACGUGCCAGAUGAAUUUGAAAAACUGAAGGUGGACAAAGGGGCUACUGUAGCUGCAGCAGGAGGUGGCGGCGGCGGAGGUGGUAUGUGCUCCAUCAAAUUUUGUUUGAUAAUUUUUCAAGAUAUAAUAUAAUUUUUUCAUUCACCUAACAAGAAAUCAGCAUUGCUACAAUUAAAAACUGGAUCCAAUGCACAGUGACCAGGUAUAGUUGGUUUAAAAAAUAAAAUCCUUGCUAACCCAUGACCUCCUAAUUGUAAUAGAAUAAUAGAUGCUUUUAAUUUGUAAUAACCCAAUUUUUUUGGUCAAGGCUUUGAUCCAGGGCAUCAUUUUUUUGUGCUGUUUUCCUUGUGGUGUUCUUGUCCUUGUUGAGACCAAAAAUGCUCUUGUGAUGCUUCUUCCUUUCCCCUGUGGACAUAAUUUGUACUUUGCUGGGUCCAAAAUUGGGAAUCUAAAUACCUGGUGUCCUGAUAUUCACAUAUCUACUGUGUUUUCACUUGUCCAGAUGAACUGACAGUCACUUGAUUUAGACAUUUUGUCCAGUUGAAACUCAAUUUAGACAUUUUGUCGAGAAGAACAACCAUUCACUUGAUUCAGACAUUAUGUCUAGGUGAACUUAUUGUUUGUUAUUGAUAGAUUUGGGUUUAAAAACAAAAAAAAAACUGGUAGAAACUGUUCUUUAUUUUUACUUUUUCUUUUUUCUUGUAGUGGAAGAUGAUGGAUCAGCUGAUACCAAAGAGGAGGGGGAGGAAAAGAAAAAACGACAGACCAGAGGAGGUAAAGCCAUCAUGAAGGCGAAAAAAAAAAUUGAACCCCAAGGGGUGAAGUUGUGGACACAGACAAGGGGGAAGAAAAAAAAGGUCACGAUUAUUGUUGGGCUUGCAUCCUAUGGUGAGUGGCACAGAUAAUGAUAUAAUUAUUUGUAAAUCCUUUUCAUACUGAGCACCAUAUUAAUUAAAAAAAAAAAGUGAUAUAGAAUUAUUUAACUCGAGUUGAGGUAAAAAAAUAAAGGCACACCAUAUUUUGCCCUGUUAUCGGAGUCCCUCUUCUAUUAUAACAUAUUAUUUGUUUAGUCAUUGUUUAGCUUGAGUGAGUAGGAGUUUUUGAUAUUCUCUUGAUUUUUGCAAAGCUUAAGGAAAAUUAGCAAAAAAACCACCAACAAAAUAUACAAUAAAAACAACAGCUUAAAAGUGGAAAUGAACACGUUCAAUACAUGGAAAGCUAGUAUGAAAGAUUACCACUAAAAUCAUUGUUUAAAUAAGUAUAAGGGUUUAAAUCUGUGCAUUUACACUUGUCCUAGAAAUUGACCUGAAAGAAGCCAGUAAAUUUUUUGCCGGGAAAUUCUCAUGUGGCUCAUCCAUCAGUGGGGAUGACGAGAUUGUAGUGCAAGGUGACGUCAAGGAUGACCUGUUUGACAUCUUACCAGAAAAGUGGAAAAUUGUAAGUUCAGCCUAG